CAAAGAAUGAACGAGUAAAAGGAAAGUAUAAAAGCAAUUGAAUUAUCAGGAAUAAACACGAGAGAUAAUUUGGAAAAAGUAAGAAAAAGGAAAGGAAAAGAAAGAAGGAAGAACAGCAAAGGAAAUUGUCUGGAACUUUCCACCACGCAGAAAAGGAAUCUCCAAAUAACUCACAAUCUCCGUUCCCAUUAUAAUCGGUUUGGAGAUUCUUUUGUUUUCCUUCAAAGCCAGCGUUUCGAUUCCUCUCCUUUCUUCCGUUGUGUCUCUCUUUCGGAACAAAUUAUAUUCGGUUCGAUCUGCUAUUUUGUCGAUUGUCUGCUGAUCGUUUGAAUCAUCGCAAACAGAUUUAUAGAUAUUGAGUUGUUGAAUUGAGAUCCGGAAAGAAUGGCGGAAGAACAUAGAUGCCAAGCGCCGAAGCUUUGCGUUAACAACUGCGGAUUCUUCGGGAGUCCUGCGACGCAAGAUCUCUGCUCAAAGUGCUACCGAGAUCUGCAGUUGAAGGAACAGCAAUCCUCCUCCGCCAAACUCGCCUUAAACCAAACCCUAACAUCCGCCGCCGCUGCCACCAUCGCGUCAUCCUCCUUUGCGGACGCGUCGUUGUUAAAUCUCGAAUCGGAUUCAUUGGAAGCGAACCAGUCCUUUGAGGAGAAGGCGCAGGCGGCGGCAGAUGUAACUCCGGCGCCGGCGCAGCAGCAGGCAAGCCGAUGCACGACGUGCAGGCGGCGCGUAGGAUUGACAGGGUUCAAGUGUAGGUGUGGGAUGGUGUACUGUGGGACUCACCGGUACCCGGAGCAACACGGGUGUGAAUUUGACUUCAAAGGGAUGGGGAAGGAUCAGAUCGCGAAGGCAAAUCCGGUGGUGAAAGGGGAGAAACUACAGAGGAUCUGAAGGAGGAGAGAGAGAGAGAGGGACAAAAUGGUCUUUUCAGUUUCUUUGGUGUGGGGCCAGCGCGUGGAGUUGACAGCCGCGGGACGGCGUUGGGACUAUUCGCAAAAAAUAUUGAUGGUUGUAUAAAAAUUCAAUAAUAUGAUCUAUAUUUCAAUUUGUUUCCCGUGAAA